UGUCAAAAGUGCACCAAUUGUUCUCGAGCUCGAUAGACAAGUAGAAAGUUUUCUGCUGUUCGAAACUAAUUUUCGUUUUUAAACCGAUGAAAAGUGGCCGUUUUCUGAUGAUUAUUGACAAAAAAGGGUCCUGAACAAAACGCGAAGGAAAUGGAUUAUGUUUAUAUGAGUGGCGACUCGGUGAAUCGGGCGGAAGACAUUAUAACACUUACGAUGUACGAUAAUGGCCCACCAGCGGGAGAUUAUUCGGAGGGAGCUUACGGGACAUUCGAUAUCGGUUUUGGUGAGCCGGAACUGCUGGAGCACGGAAUGAUACUGGCGGACGGUGGAGAUCGGUUUGGUGUUUCAACCAUUGCAUUUGAUAGUCGCGAGGAAUUGGUCUGGAUGGGCAACCAGGGGGGACACGUUACAUCGUACUACGGGGGAACACUCCAAAAGUACACAUCGUUCCAGGUACACGCGAACGAGGUUGUUCGACAGAUUCACACGAUUGAUUCUGGCAUAUUGGCACUCACGAAUAUGACGUUGAGACAUCAGAUCAGACGGGGCAUACCGAAGUUCACGUACCGAUCGGAGAAAAUGGUCGACACGCUGUGUAUGAUCGAGCAUCAGCCAAACAGAAUGCUUAUGGGAGGCCAUCAGCGAGAUUUGAUUGAUUUUGAUGUCGCUACGUGCAGUGAGGUGGGAUGUGUUCCUGCUGGACAACACGGAUGUGCAAUUUUGAGGAGUCAUCCUAGGUAUCUUUGUGAGGGGGAUGCUUUCGGGAGAGUUUCAUUGCGUGACCCGAAUACUCUCUCCGUGGAACACGAGCUGCUGACGCAUUCCGGAAGUUUGUCUGAUUUUGACGUACAAGGAAAUUAUUUGAUCUCCUGUGGAUUCAGUGGAAGACAAGGAAAUCUAUCAAUCGAUCGACUCUUAAUGGUUUAUGAUCUGAGAAUGUUGAGAUUAGUUUCACCGAUUCCAAUAAUGGUCGAACCGCAGUUGUUGCGAUUUUUCCCGACACAUUGUUCCCGUUUGGCCGUGGUUUCACCUUUGGGUCAACUUCAGCUGGUGGAUACAGUAGAACUUAGUGAACCACGAGUUUGUAUGUUUCAGAUCAAUACGACCGGAUCGCCAUGCCUCACCUUCGACAUCAGCUCUACCGGCCAAGCUAUGGCUUUCGGCGAUCAAUCCGGUCAUAUUAAUUUACUGGCUGCCGUCAAGAUUAACACACCAUCACUUCAAUUCAACUCAUUCUCCAGAGAGACAGAAUUUGCCGACACAGUUGAACCACUCCCGAUGGUCUCAAUCACCGAUAGCAACUUUCCACUUUCCUCAAUUUUGCUUCCACACCUUACAACCGGAACCCGCUGGUUUAGUGAUUGGCCUGAGUUUAUGAACAGAUACGACUAUCUCAAACCAAAACCGAUAAAUCCGGAAAUAACAAGCUCCAUGAAAAUGCAAGGACCGAUUGGUUAUGCACCGAAUCCGAGAUCAUCGCUCCGAAAUCAAAUUCCCUAUAUACUAGACAAAAAUUCGCCUGCAAACACAAGUUCCGCUCCGGCCAGUAGCUCCCAGAAAGGAACUGGGGACCAAGGUUUGAAACUUGUCCCAAGACGUUAUCGAAAAGUCGAGGUCAAAUACAGCAAACUCGGUUGCCAAGAUUUCGAUUUCGAACAAUAUAAUCAAACAGCGUUUGUCGGACUUGAAGCAAAUCUCCCGAAUGCAUAUUGCAAUGCCAUGCUCCAAGCGUUGUACUUCAUUGCUCCGCUGAGAAAAGCUAUUCUUACGCAUUGCUGUUCGAAGGAGUUCUGUCUCGCGUGCGAGCUUGGCUUCCUGUUCCACAUGUUGGAUGUUGGAUCGUCCAGUCAACCCUGUCAAGCGAGCAAUUUCCUUCGGUCCUUUCGAACUGUCCCGGAAGCUGCAGCACUGGGACUUAUUCUGUCCUCCGAUCGGAGCAGCCACGCAAAUAUCAACCUGAUAAGUCUCAUCCAAAAUUGGAACCGCUUCAUUCUGCACCAGAUGCAUUAUGAGUUGCUGGAAGCUAUAAACAAAAAUGAGGUUAUUGAUGGUGUUCGCAAAGUUCCGCUGACGGCUUUGCCGAGGCCAUUUAUUCCCGGGGCCGAGAUGCAUUCGCAACAGCAGGAGGAAAGUUUGGACAGCGAAGUGCAGCAGUAUGAUUCGAACAAUGAGAAGUUCCAAUUUUUGGAAGCGGAAAAUGACUUUGACCCAAUGGGUGCGAUGGACAGUGGUCCAUAUCCAGCGGAGCAAACCCAACCCACAAACACUCGCUGCAAUAAAGAUGAAACUGAAAUCAGACGUCUCUUUGGUACGUAUCAAAAAUCGACCCACCGUUGUUUGAAGUGCAAUAGCGAACGGGUCAAGAACAACAUCCUUCUGGUGUGUAACUUGCUGUUCCCAACGAACGCCAACAACAAAAACAUCGACGGCACAUUUGCUUCGAUUCUCAAGAAUUCACUAUCCGUUGAAAAGACGACACCGGCUUGGUGCGAAAAAUGCAAUAAGUUUACUCCUACGAGCCAAAAGAGCCGCGUCACCAACCUGCCGGAGAUAAUCUCCAUCAAUUGUGGUUUGGAAGCAGAGGAAGAUUUGGAAUACUUGAAGAAACAGAUGAAUCGCCCAUUCACUCAGGUUGGCGCCGCAUCCGCUUCACCUUCGGAGAAUGACUCUCGCAAUGGAAAUGCUGGCAGUUCGGGUAAUGGAAAAAUGUGCCGCUACGGGAUGAAUUGCUCGCGAGUUGAUUGUCACUUCUCGCACCCGAAGAAAACAUCCCACGCUGUGACCAUUACGAGUCCACCGAAUCAAGGGCAGCAAAAAUCCUGGUUCCCGCUUUACUUCCGUAUGACACUGGACAACAAGGAGAAUCUAGAUGUUGGUUCACUGAAGAGUGCCUCCAGCAGUAGCGACAGUUCGGAGUCCCAUGAUGUUGGAGCAAAGGAAGACAAACUCAUCCGAAAGGCGAAAAACUACAGUCUAUCGGCAGCUAUCUGCUACAUCGACGAUGGUGCCCAGCGCAACUUGAUUGCGCUCAUCCACGUGCCUAAAAGUUAUCACGAAAUGAGACAGCAGCGAGGCGCUGCUGGCGUCGGUGACACAUCGUCCGGGUCGGACUAUCUCAAUGGCAAUUGGUACAUCUUCAAUGACUUCAGUGUUUCCCCUGUCUCGGUUCAGGAAGCAGUUUGGUUCACGCUAGACUGGAAGGCACCCUGCGUUCUGUUCUACACGAGCACCUCGCUCAGGGAUGAGGAAAGAGAAAAUAACGAAUGCUUGACCCAAUAUGUUAACCCAUUCACGAAUGACCUCUUCAUGGAAGCGAAUGACGAAGGCGAGGGCGACAAGAAUUUCAAAAUGCUAGCCCCGCAUGAGAUCUUCCGGCCGGGUGAUUUGGUGGCGAUGGAUGCCGAGUUCGUCACGCUAAAUCCCGAGGAAAGCGAAAUACGAUCGGACGGUAAAAUGUCCACCAUCAAACCGAGUCACAUGAGCGUGGCCAGGAUAACGUGCAUUCGCGGGCAAGGACCGGACGAAGGAAUACCAUUUGUGGAUGAUUACAUUUCCACCCAGGAGCAGGUGGUGGAUUAUUUGACGAAAUUCUCCGGCAUCAAACCGGGCGAUUUGGAUGCCAACUUCAGCAACAAGAGGCUCACGACGUUGAAGAAUUCGUACCAAAAGCUUCGUUAUCUGGUUGAUUCGGGUGUUAUUUUUGUUGGGCAUGGAUUGAAGAAUGAUUUCCGCGUGAUUAACAUAAUCGUUCCGCCAGAGCAAAUCGUGGAUACGGUGUGCCUGUUCCAUUUGCCACACCACCGGAUGGUAUCACUUCGCUUCCUGGCGUGGCAAUUUCUGGGAAUCAAGAUCCAAUCGGAGACGCACGAUUCGGUGGAGGAUGCCCGAACCGCACUUUUGCUGUAUAAUCACUAUCUGAAGCUCAAUGCGAAGGAUGAACUCACGAUGGCACUCUCGAAUCUGUACGAAACUGGUAAAAAGUUGCAGUGGAAGGUACCCGAUUGAGGGACAAGUUUCUGAGGCACUCAAAGGAUGGUGAUAUCAGUAUUUUUUUUAAUCAAAAACGAAGAUACAAGUUAUGCGACGGCAUUUUCUGAUUCUGAAAGAGUUUUUUUUUCUUAUAUUUUACGUACUGAUAUGAUGAUGUCUGGCAUUCAUUUUUUCUCAUUUCAAAAAGUUAUCACAUCUAUUAAAUAUUCAUAUAUGUUAAAAAUCUGUGUUGAAACGUAGUAGUAAUAAAUGUAAAGUUCACACCAUUAUGUGACGUUACUGAUAA